CACAAGCAAUAGUUACCCGUCCCUCCCUCCUCUCACAUCGAAACUAAAACUAGGGUAAAGUAGAUAUCCCCAAUUCUACAGCAGCACCCUUUUCUCAAAUCAACAAUCUCCACUUGUCUCAACAUUUUCCACCUGAAUCAUCUUCUUCAUUCAAAGAUGGAGAACAACAAACACUUAAUGAACCCUAAUCAUAACCAAUCAUCGACAUCCCCCUACCCAACACAACAAUCAUUUGAAUCCCUAAUGCAACAACAAACCCAGAAAAUCCAAAUGUUCUUGUCAUACCAAAGACAAGAAAUAGAACAAAUCAAUGAUUUCAAGAACCAUCAACUCCCAUUAGCAAGAAUCAAGAAGAUCAUGAAAGCAGAUGAAGAUGUACGGAUGAUAUCAGCCGAAGCACCAAUCCUGUUCUCUAAAGCAUGUGAACUAUUCAUACUGGAGCUUACUAUACGUUCAUGGUUACACGCUGAAGAAAACAAGAGAAGAACGUUACAGAAGAAUGAUAUUUCUGCUGCUAUCACUAGGACUGACAUUUUUGAUUUUUUGGUGGAUAUUGUACCUAGAGAGGAAGAGGUUGUCAAAGGAGGUGCUGUUGGGGCUGUUGCUAUUGGUAGACCUGCAAUGGUCGGAGGAAUGGAUCAUGGGGUUUAUGAACAUCAGCCUUCACAGGCUUGGCAAUCUGUUUGGCAGACUGAUGAUGGUGGUGCCUAUGGUGGCGGAGGAAGCGCGGAAAAUCAUGGUAAUUUGGAGGGGAUUACUGGGUACGUUGUGGAACAUAAUCCUUCUGAUUCCCUGUAGAGAUCUAAAAUCUUAAAGAUUGUUGGGUUUUCAUUAGUUAUUGUGAUUUUUAGGGUACCAUAAGGGAUUUUCUAAAAUAUUGGUGCUCGUUAACAAUGUGAAGAUUUUAUAUGCUGUGGGUAGUGUUCUACUGGGUUGUUCCAAAAUUAGUAGUGUGUUUUAAGAUUUUAUAUGUUAAUAUGUGAAUGAAUACACGAGAUGUAUUUGUGUUUUUCUUUUUGUUUUUU